AUUUGAUGAGUUCCCUCUUUGUCAAAUGUUUAUAAUGUAAUCAAAGACCAGCAACAAUAAAAUGUCAAUAGUGUAAAAUAGGAUAAGUUGUGAGAUUAUGCUAUAGCUGUGAUUCAUAGGUGCAUAAUAGAUAAGGACCUAUCGGUCAGCAACAUAAGACAGAAAUCAUUCCUUAUUAAGGUAAUAAUGCAUUUUUGAAAUAUUGUAGAAAUGUAUUAAAAAGCUCCUUAAUCAGCAGGAUAAACCAACAUAGGAAAUAAAUUUGAAAAUAUACAAAAUCCCCAAAAAAAAUAAUAACCUUAACAGUCACAAUAAUCUUAAGGAUAAUUUAAAUUUGCAGCAACUACUAAAUAAGAACCACCCUAAUUUAAUUAGAAACCACUUACAAAUGUUGGAAAACCACUUCAAUAAUAAACUAAAGAGAUUAAUUUCUCUGGCACUAGAUCUAAUAAUAAACCAAGAUAUGAUUAAAAAGAGGAAGAACAAUAUAAUAGUUCAUAAAAAAAUUCUGUAAGAAGUGUUAAAUUAUGAUUCUUAGGAUUAAAAAGCAUCAUUAAAUAAUUAGUUGAAAGAAGAGUAAGAUACAUGUUAAUAAUUAAAAAAAGAACUAAAAUAAGCCUAAGAUUAAUUAAAUUCUUUAAAUAAAGAAGUUGAGAAGAAAAUGUAUUGAUUAUUAUUUUAAUUUAAUAGAAAAGCAUCAUAAUAAGAACUAGAGAAAAAAUUAAAUGACUUAAAAAAGGAAGGAGCAGAAGAAAAGAAGAAAACAUAAUAAUUAACUGAGGAUGUUAAAAAGUUGAAAGAUUAAAUAAAGAAUGCUGAAUCUUAAACUUAGAAGAAAUUGGAUUAAUAAAAAAAAUAAUAUGAAAAAUAAAUGCAAGAAAUGGAAUAAACAAUAAAUGAGAAAUAAUAAUAAAUUGAUGAAAUAGCUUAAGAAUUUUAGAAUUAUAAUUUAGAAGAUAUUUAAGCAAAAAUGGAAGAGAUGGCAAAUGAUAUAAAUAUGAAAGAUUAGAUUAUUGAAUAAUUGCAAACAUAAUUAUAAAAAGGCGAAGGAUAUUAAAAUGGAGAUGGAUAAGAAGGAGAUAAAGAAGAGAUUUUAGCAUAAAUAGAAUAGAAGGAUUAAGAAAUAAAGAAAUUAGAAGAGUUGAUAGAGAACUUUAAAUAAUUGUAUUAGCAUAUGUUAGAUGAAAAAUAAGUAAUUAUGGAGGAAAAUGAAAAACUAGCAAAUGAGAACAACCAAUUCAGAGAAAUAUUUAGUGUAUCUUUAUUUUUUAUUAUAUAGUAAAACUUACACUUGUUUGGAAUUGAUCCAAAUUAAUUGGAAGAAGAAGGAGAAGGCGAAGGUGAAGAUGGAGAAGGGUAUUAACAAGAGGAAGGUAUAUUUUUUAAUUUAUUAGGUGAGAUAAUUGAAGAAGAGGAGACCAAUGAUACAU